GUGUCAAUGCAUUGUACAUACAUUGAUACAUACCUUAUAUCCUUCCUUCGUCUUGAGCCUUCUUCAGUUGUCACCAUCAUGUGACUCAUCCUGAAUUUGUUAUGGUUAACCUUCCUUGAUAUGCAUGUACUCCCUCCGUCCGAAAAUACUUGUCAUCAAAAUGGAUAAAAGGGAUGUAUCUAGACGUAUUUUAGUUUUAGAUACAUCUCUUUUCAUCCAUUUUGAUGACAAGUAUUUCCGGACGGAGGGAGUAUAUUAUUAGGUUUGGUCAAUACACACUUUCCUCCCCACUGCAGACCUUAUUAUGCACCAUAGGACUUCUUAGGUAUGAACACUGAAAGAAACACCCACGAACACAGGUAGAGAAGGACGGAAGUAAUACCAAAGGAAGAUGGCAGAGCUGCAGAGAUCUUCCCAAACAUUUAGGAGGUCUGGUUCUUCUGGUCUGAUCUGGGAGGAGAGGCUUAUGCCUAAAGACCAGAACCAGAGGAAUCAAGGGGCAGCUGGGGAGGCAGAGGUCAACAGCUUAGAACUCAAGGAGCUAAGGCACUCCUGUAGCAUCGGGUCCAGGGGAGGUGUGCAGCGUAGGUGCAGUGACGGUGCAGAGCGCGGUGGCAUGCCCAGCAACAUCAACCAGGCCUUUCAUACUCGGCAUGUUCCGCCAGCUCUUGAUCCACCUUCACCCAAGUUUGCUCGAUGCAUGUUCUGUGGAAUUUUUAGGAAGGAAGGUCCCUCACAACCUUCCGAACCCAGCAGGUACUAGGGUGGUGCAUAUACUUUUGAGUGUUUGAGAAUAGGGAUAUAAGACAUUUUAUGGCUGAUUGAAGUUCGGGUGUAUCAUAAUAAGCAUAUGUUUGGUUUUGCAUGAGGUUAUUUGAAUAGGUUUGCAUGUUUCAUUGUGUGCCUUUGCUACCUUUCCUUUUCUUCUCAGUAUUAUAUUGGAAGUGAGAAAAAAUAACAUGUCCUUGUACAGUUUGUGCAUAUGAUGCUUUUCUUCAUUAUACUAUGUGUGUUGUAUUGCAUGGUUAAAAACUUAUAACUGUUUGCUGAUUGCUGAUCAUUGUCUCUGUUCAUGACACUGAUCAGCCAGUUAAUUCAGCUACUGAAGGUACAACCUGAGUUCACUUCUACAUGUAACAAGUUCUCUUUUAUCUGUAUAAGGCUACUAUUUAGUACAGUACUUUGUAUAUUCAUAGCACACUGUGUGCUUCUUUCCUAGUUGUCUUAGUGAAUUUACUGUUCCAAUUUAUUUAUUUCUUCAAAUAUGGGUGCCUGGCCGAGAAAAUAUAUAGGCAAAAAGAAAAGAAAAAUCUGUAAGAUAUAGCCAUAUAGGAUAUCACGUCAUGGAUUUUUUUUAGCUUGGAUCCACCACUGGUUUCAGUUACCAUCUAAAUGAUUUUGUUUGCAUGCAUGACUAAGUCGAAGUCAUAACUUUUUAACGGUGCAUAUAUUUGUAGUUGGACUUUUGGCUUAUCACCCCAACUGCUUCUAUUUAGCAAUACUUACAAUGCUAUCAUGUGAUGUAGGCUACUGUAUCUGUGGACCUAUCUAGCCCACUUCAUUAAUAAUUAGUUCUUAAUGCUUAGUUGAGAUCUUUAUGAAAUCCUGACCUUCGGUCAUCCUUUCAACUUGUGAGCUCAUGCACACUGGAAACUUUUUGUUGCAUGUA